CUAUAUGUCUGAGAAUCCAUCAUUUUUGGUGAAGACUAGGUCAGGGAAUUUAAACCCAGUUCUUUGCUAUGGAUGUUGGGGCAGAUUCUGUAGAUAGCUCCCUUGUUCUGGUGAAGCAAGGAGCUGAAGCUAGGGUUUUUGAGUCAACCUUUGUGGGAAGGAGGUCUAUUGUCAAGGAACGGUUUUCGAAGAAGUACAGGCAUCCUACUUUGGAUGCAAAACUUACACUCAGGCGCCUCAAUGCGGAGGCGAGGUGCAUGAGGAAAGCAAGACGGCUUGGGGUGCAUACUCUGGUGCUUUACACUGUGGACAUUGUGCUGCAUACCCUGACAUUUGAAUAUGUGGAGGGGCCUUCUGUUAAAGAUGUGUUUCUUGAGUUUGGGUUAGGAGGUGGUCGUGUGGCUUCAGAAAUUGUUGUUAUUUAUGAUUGGUAGAUUUUGCUUUUAUUU